GUCGGUUGCCCCCAGGCCCAGCUCCAGCGCCUGGGCCCGGUGCCCUCGGCCGGCAGCGCAGAGCGCGGGAGCCGGCGCGGCCGGGCAUGCCGGGAAGCCCUCGGGCCGCUGCUGCCGCCACUGCGUCCGCCCGCGGUGAGCGCAGCUGACGCGCGGAGAUGAAAUUCCCGGGCUCGGUGCUGGCGUCCGUGUUCCUGUUCGUGGCCGAGACGACAGCGGCGCUAUACCUGAGCAGCACCUACCGCUCGGGCGGGGACGGCAUGUGGCAGGCACUGACGCUGCUUUUCUCGCUGCUGCCCUGCACGCUCGUGCAGCUCACACUCCUCUUCGUGCACCGCGAUUUCAGCCGCGACCGGCCGCUAGUGCUGCUGCUGCACCUGCUGCAGCUCGGGCCCCUGUUCAGGUGUUUUGAAGUCUUCUGCAUCUAUUGUCAGUCCAGCCACAUCGAAGAGCCUUAUGUCAGCAUCACCAAGAAGCGACAGAUGCCUAAAAAUGGCCUCUCAGAGGAGAUUGAGAAGGAAGUGGGCCAGGCAGAGGGCAAGCUGUUCACCCAUCGAUCUGCGUUCAGCCGAGCAUCGGUGAUCCAGGCUUUCCUGGGCUCAGCCCCCCAGCUGACCCUGCAGCUGUAUAUAACCGCCUUGCAGCAGGAUAUCAAUGCUGGAAGAAGUCUCUGCAUGUUCCUGUCCCUGUUGUCCAUUGUGUACGGCGCCUUGCGCUGCAACAUCCUAGCCAUCAAAAUCAAGUACGAUGAAUAUGAUAUCAAGGUGAAGCCUCUGGCCUAUGUCUGCAUCUUCCUCUGGAGGAGCUUCGAGAUUGCCACACGAGUCAUCGUCCUCGUCCUCUUUACCUCCGUCCUGAAGGCCUGGGUGGUGCUGGUCGUACUCAUCAACUUCUUCAGUUUCUUCUUGUACCCCUGGAUCCUUUUCUGGUGCAGCGGCUCCCCGUUCCCUGAGAACAUCGAGAAGGCCCUCAGUCGAGUGGGUACCACCAUCGUGCUGUGCUUCCUCACCUUACUCUACGCCGGCAUCAACAUGUUCUGCUGGUCAGCUGUGCAGCUGAAAAUCAAUAACCCUGACCUCAUCAGCAAGUCCCAGAACUGGUACCGGCUGCUCGUGUACUACAUGCUGAGAUUCAUUGAGAACGCCCUCCUCCUGCUCAUGUGGUAUCUUUACAAAACCGACAUCUAUAUGUAUGUGUGCGCGCCUCUGUUGAUUCUGAAAUUGCUCAUUGGCUACUGCACAGCCAUUCUGUUCAUGCUGGUAUUCUACCAGUUCUUCCAUCCUUGCAAAAAGCUCUUUUCCUCCAGUGUUUCUGAAAGCUUUCAGCGGUGGCUAAAGUGUAUUUGCUGUCCUUGCAGGCGGCACAAAUCCUCAGAGUCUGUAGGAAAGGCAGAUCUAAGAUCACCCGGAGACAGAGAUGAGACACCUUCUAGCAGUAAAUUCGUUUCUGCACCCAGCCACAUCUUGAGUGCUGAUGAAUUCUGCUCUGCUUAAUGGGACCUGGAUCUCUUGGGCAGAGACAUACUGUUUUCUGGGUGGAUCCCUCUUCUUCAUACAAGCAGAUGAGCCCUGCACAGUUAACAUAGCAGGAAUUAGCUCUCAACUUCUUGUGAGUUGCUCCCCUUUAGAGAGCUCUUGGGUGUGUGGGAACUAUGCAGAGAAGUCGGGGAAACCCCUGAGUGUUGGAGGGCAGCCUGAGGUACCUCCAUUCAGAGUUGACCAUGCUCUCCCAGGCACCUACUGGCUUUUUCACUGACAACAUAUCCACGCUGUCUGUUGAGCUGGUUAGAUCCAUCAGGUAGAAUGAGGACAGGGCUUUCUUGUUGUGUAGUUUUCUGGACUGCUGGGCCAGGUAGCCUAAUGUUUUAUUUUCCCUGAGCAGUUUUCACCCAGGAGCUGUCCUGAUGACCAGCAAAGGUUGCUGGGGUUUUGCCAUCAGUAACAUCAUUUCUGGCAGAGUUUUCAGAGACAGCUGUUCAAGUUUGGUUUUUUUUUACUAGACAGAUGUUCCAUUUUCGUCUCAUUAGGGCUCUUUGUUCAUAACCAACUGUAGCCACUGUGGCCUGCUAUCUCGAAUGGAUUCAAAAGUCUAGAUUUGGAGACUUUAUUCCCAAAGGUCCAUGGAUGCAAAAUUGAAUUCUAAAUUUGGUUAUGGAAGCCUUAGAAUUUUAAGAAAGUUGUGUCUUCCUGUAUGUUGAAAUAUGUUGGAAAAACUCUGGAUCAGGAGGGUGGUUAAAACAUCAAAAUGAUGUAGGCUUUUGUAAGCAGAGUUCUUACCUUCUCAGGAAGGUUAAAGAUGUGAAUGUGCUGGAAGGUAGCCUUCACCCUCUUCAGGGUUCAUUCCUGUCCUACGAUUCUGGGAAAUUUCUAAUAGAAUUUGCUAGGAUUUCCCUUCUUAAGAAAGAAGUAAAUAAAACUCAUAGUCUUUACUCCCUUUCUUCCUUGUCUGUCAGGAAGGUUUCAGACACAAGUUACCUUGGUUAACUUCAGUUUUUCUAGAAAACUCCAUAGAAAUCUUUCACCCAGCACAGGUUUGUAGGACAUUUUAUUUUUUUAUUAUUUGAAGGAAAAGGGUUUUCCUCCUACCUCAGAGUUAUAUAUAGACUUCAGAAACUUUUAAAUUAUAGAAAAUGAUAAAAUGUUCCAGUGAUUUUUGUCUUUAACUGAAUGCAUGUUGAUUUGGCAUGAUUAUGAGUUAAUUUGAACAAGAUCUCCAGUUUUAUCCUUCUACACUGUCCUAUCUUCAGUAUAAUUUCUGAACCCUGUUUGUUUCAUAAAAGGAUUGUGUAACAUAUCCGCAGUUGUCUUGGGAAAAUGCCUGGAUUUAGUGCCAUUAUUUUUACUGUAAGAACCUUGAUAAUGAAAUACCUAGAAGCAGGUAACCUGUCACUGACUAGGCCGGACAUUGCAGGUCAUUCAAGGUUGACAGUCUAAGGACUUGGCUGAACUUUCUGGCCCAUCCAGUUUCUAACAGCCAGUCUAUGAUGGGACAGGUUGAAAAUGGUGAGUUUGAGCAGGAGUUACAGUCAGAAUCAGACAGGGAUGGAGAGACUGGUACUUCCCAGCCUUGGUUUAGAAGCCUGUCUCAAAAACCGUUAGAAAAUCUGAGGCUUCAAAUACAUUUUAAAUAAUUCUAAUGUAGAAGAUAGGUAAAUAUCUUGAGUGACCUCAAACCAAACUAACAGUGAUGGUCUGUCAGACUCCCAAAGCCCAAUUAUAAGCCUCUUAUAUAAGGAUGAAGAGGUGUGGUAAGUAAAUUGGACAUGUUGUCAUAUUUCACCCUUCAGACACAGAUACCCUUGCUUUGGGGCCAUGUAUGUCCAUUCACUCUGGGGAAGAGAAACCACUGCUUUUGUUUCUGCAUGUUGAAACUUUAAGUUAUGUUGAACUAAGAAUUUUUAUUUUUAAAUUAUUUAUAUUAUACCUCUGAAAUGGUGAAAUUAUAGUUCAGACUGCAGAGCUAGGUUGCCCUAAAGACAAACAAACCAGCCAAUUCCCUCACAUGUUGAGAGUUAAAAUGUGGUGUUCAGUUAUAAUUCCAAUUUUUAAAACUCUCAGUGUUUUGUCUAAUUGUGUGCCAUAACUUGUCAUGACAGCUGCUCCAAUGGAAUUACUAUCAUUUGGCUAGAUGGAAGUGAAGUAUUUCCUCAAAAUAUGUUGAAACAAAAUCAUCAAACAUGUUUAGACUUUCUUCAUUACUAGAGCCAGUGCAGUCUAGAGAUUGGCAUCUCCCUGUCAAGCCUGACAAGUUACUUAACUGCUCUAUGCCUCAGUUCCCUCACCCACCAAAGUCACAAUGCAUACUUGCCCAGCCUACCUCACAAGCUUGUCGGAAAGAUCAAAUUAGAUUAUAAGUGUGAAAGUGCUUUGAAAAUAUUUUUAAAGUGACAUAAAUAUUGAAGGAGUUAUUAUAGUCAUUCAGAUCCAUAAACAGGUUAUUAUUAGUUUUUUUACUGUUAGAAAAGAAGCAAGGAGCAUCAUCCACAUGCGUGUCUUGGGUGAAUACGCUGGCCUUUGGCCUUAUGGGAGGGCAAGCGUCACGUGGUCUUUACUCUUGGCGAAAACUCAGCCCUUGCCGUUUCUCUUAUAUUAGUUGCUUACAAAAAUUAGCAGCCAAAUACUUGGUAGUUGGACAAAAAAGACCCACCACAAUCUGAGAAAUUGCUUUUGAUGGCAGAUGAGCUUAUCAUUUUUUGUAUCUAUCAUCUUUCAUAAAGGACAUAGCAGCAUCUUUUGAUAAUUUACAACUUGAAUGCCUGAUCCUGCUAGAGUUUCAUUGAAUGUGAGUUUAAUCUUCUCAGCCUCAUAAAUGGGAAAAUAAACAUUAAAAUUGUCAAAUACAGCAUUUCCUUUGAAAACCACCUUAGAACUUUAGUGCUAUGGUUAUGAGUGUAUGUA